AUGGAGGAAGACGACGAUGUUAACAAUUUCUUCAACUUCAGUAAACCAUUCCAACGCAAGAUCAUUUCCGGUGGAUACUGCAAUGGGUCAGUUGUGACGGGAAAGCUGAAUAUUCAGACACUACCGCAACGAAAUGUUGAGGGUACAGAGUACGCGGCAAAGUACAGCAAAGCCGAGGAAGCCAGACUGAUGGAGAGUUGGGUAAAUGAUGCCUUGCAUCAAACAACGACAUCGCACCUUGACGACGUCGAUGACGCCUUGUCACUGGCGGAGGAGGACACGGAGCACCUGCAGCGCGUACGAGCCCAGGAACUCAUGGAGCCUUUGUUCAGUCGGUUCAAUUUCACCGUUAACUCCAGCGCCUUGAGUAUUCAUCAAUCGAAACACGCCAUUUUGAAUGCGAUUCGCGAAAACCCCGUCGUCGUGUUGCAGGGAACGACAGGAUGUGGCAAAACCACCCAAGUACCGCAGUACCUGCUCGAGGACGCGUACAACCGCAAGGAGUACUGCAAUAUUAUUGUCACGCAACCGCGCAAAAUUGCCACCGCGUCCAUUGCGAAGCGCGUGGCCGAAGAGCGAUCCUGCGAGCUUGGUUCUCUGGUAGGAUUCAAGGUGGGCUUGAAGGAAGUGGUUAGCAACGAUACACGCUUGAUGUACGUUACGACGGGCGUCCUGUUGAACAUCCUCAUAACCUCAAAGUCGCUGAGCCGCUACACGCACAUCAUUUUGGAUGAAGUGCAUGAGCGCGAGGUGGAUAUGGACUUUCUGCUAAUCAUCGUGCGCCGGCUGCUGCCUAUAUCACGCAAUACCAAGAUCAUUCUCAUGUCGGCCACCAUCGAGGCGCAGGAGUUUGCACAGUACUUCAAAAUUCCCGGCCCAAACAGCCUGCUGGCACCGCAGCUCUCCGUGUCCAAAUGCCGGCAGCACAACGUGGCGGUUUUCUACUUGGAUAAUCUGGAAAAGCUAGCGAUCGAUUUCAGCCUCAAGUACGAUCAGCCAGAAGUCCACGACAAGAUGUACUUUCUGGCCGCAAAACUGGCGAUCGUGUGCGAUCGCCUUAUCGACGAGUACGAGUCGCCAGCGCAGAUCGAUUACAAACCAUCGAUUAUCAUGUUCCUGCCGGGUAUUAACGAAAUCGAGCGUAUGGCCGAUGUUUUGCAGAACUUCCUUGGCGGAAACAUUCCCGACGCACAGCGGCAGACCAAGUUUAGCAUCCUCAAGCUACACUCUAUGUUGCCCUCGGAUCAGCAGGCGCUUGUGUUCCGGAAGCCCCCUCCCGGUCACCGUAAGGUCAUUUUAUCGACCAACAUCGCUGAAAGCUCCGUCACGAUUCCGGACAUAAAGUUUGUUAUCGACUUCUGCCUUCAGCGUUUGCUAGUAACCGAUUCGUUGAACAAUUUCACAAGUCUUCGCACGCAGUGGGCAUCCCGAAACAACUGCAUUCAACGGGCAGGCCGUACCGGGCGUGUUAUGAACGGACGCGUGUACCGUCUGGUGAACAAGCACUUCUACGAUCACGGAAUGGCGCAAUCGGUCGAACCCGAAAUGGUGCGCUGUCCGCUUGGGAUCACGGUGCUAAAAACGAAACGACUCGACAUGGGAGCACCACACACCAUACUGGCUCUAGCGCUUUCGCCACCGAAUCUCUGUGACAUCAGCAACACGGUGUUGCAGCUGAAAGAGCUCGGAGCGCUGCGUCGUACGACGAAGGGCAAGUACGAUCCGCAGGAUGGCGAUCUGACCUACCUUGGGAUGUUGAUGUCACAGCUGCCGGUCGAUUUGCACCUGGCGAAGCUCGUGGUCCUGGGCUACGUGUUUUCCGUGCUCGAUGAAGCGAUCGUUAUAGCCGCGGGAAUGAACGUGAAAAACAUUUUCCGCCAGUUGCGCACGAUCGAGGCGUUCUCGUGCAAGCGGCACUGGGCAGAUGGAUCCAACUCGGACGGGAUAGCGAUUUUGAAUGCGUACAAUACCUGGUGUUCGGUGAAGGAGAUGGGUACCGGUGGGAAUACGGUUAGUUGGUGCCAGCGUUACCAUCUCGAUCUGAAGUCGCUCAGCGAAAUGGCGGAACUGGUGCAGGAGAUAAAGAUGCGGCUUGCGAAACUGAACAUCCGCUCCAUGACCGGAGCGAAGCGUGUCAACUGGACUCGGCGUGAGAAAUCGGUCGUCCUGAAAGUGGUUAUGGCCGGAGCAUUCUAUCCCCACUACUUUAUCCCGGUGUCGAUGAACGAGAGCGAAAUGGGCGACCGGAAGGUGUACAUGGAAGUGGGUGGGCGAGAUCCGUUCAGUACGGUGUUUUUCUCCGGGUUUGAACACGCCAACUACAUCGGUCCGUUGUACCGGCAGCAGAUUAAGCUGCUGCUGACCGAGCGCAAACCAGACCCGGAAAAGCACGCCCUCAUGAAGGUGGAGUUCGAGCGGAGCACAAACAAAAUUUUUAUCCGAUUCCUCCACCCACCCGCCCAGUUAUACGAGGGUUUAGAUGCACCUGAUCGCAUCCAUCCGGGCGUGUUCGACGCGAUCAAACUGCGCCAUGUGCGGUGCGGCCAGUCCGAGCUGAUGGUAAUGCACCACUACGAUGCGAUCUCCUUUGCGACGGAGAAAAAGCUAGGCGUGUGGAAGGACAACGAGUGGCAUCCGCGGUGCAUCGAAAUCCCGAACGCCGAGCUCUCGGUGGAACCGCAAAUUCACUGGCACCGGCUAACGGCCGUCGUGACGCAUGUGGUUCAUCCGAACAAGUUUUACCUGCGUCCGAACGACAAAAACAUACAAAUCUACGAGGAAAUUCAGCACCGGUUGAAUGGCGGUGAACAGUUGCGCUCAUUUGAUUCGGCACAUGUGUUUGAAGCACGCCAGAUCGUCGCAGCCCCGCUGGUAUUCAAUCAAACACAGUUGAUGGCUCGGGCGAAGCUGCUUGUUGAGUCUAAAAACCGGGGAGUAAUCGAAUGGGCGGUGUUCUUCCUUGACUUUGGUGCCACCGCUAACGUGGCAGUAUCGUACUUCCGCCAGCUGGAGGGCACCAUGUUGGAUACGUUGACAAAAAUCCCCGACCGGGUGUUCGAGGCAUCCCUGGCGGAGGUACAACCAUCGGUUGUGUACUCUCCGAAGGACAUCUGGACGGAUGAGACCGUUAAGCACUUUCAGCGUCUGGUGCUGGGAAAAGAAAUGCAUGUCGAAAUUUAUUCGGUUGUGAAUCACGUGGUUAUGGUGGUGCUGCGUUGCAAUGCAACAGAUUCGACUGAGCAAAGCAUCAACCGGGAACUGGUCGCUUCACAGCACGCGCAGUUAUCGGAGGAGUCGUACAUGUCCAAGAUGAACCACGAAAAGCGCCAGCGCGUGCAGCUCGACAUGGAAGUCGACAAGCAGUACCGGGAACAAAUUCUGAAUGAUAGCUCCGAGCAACAGCGCUACCUAGAGGACGACGAACAGCCGGAUCUGGUGUUACCGAGCGAACUGCUAAAGAUGCGACUCACGCUCCGCGGUCCCUACAGUCCGCUCGAGGUGAAGUGCUCCUCGGCGCUGUUCUCCGGCUACCGGAAGCCAGUUGUGAUCGAAAACGAAUCCAUCAACUCGGUGCUACUCGAUACUAACCCACAGAACCCGUACGAUAAGCUGCUGGUGGCGGCCACCAUGAACGAAAUGGGCAAUAAUCGGUUGGUUGCUCGACUGACGUCAAUGAUGCCAAACAUUCCGGGUUUACCCGUGCUCAUGGCGCUCAUAUUCGCUCCCACUUGCAUGCUGAAGAAGGAUCCCGAUGAGACACGUGUCGUGGGCUUGCUGGCAGGAUUAGGCUGCGAGCCAGAAACGAACGCAUCAAUCUACCCUGAACAUGACAUGUCGCUCGCGGCGGAUGUGAUUAUCAGCGAGAAGGACAUUGCAGACAUCAAUGCUCUUCGGUACACGAUGGAUUCCAUACUGCAGGGUGGGUAUACCGAACAGACACCCCUUCUGACGGAACAUAGCAUUGGGUCGUUGAUGGCCAAAGUCAAGGACUACCUCAUCAAGAUUCUUCAACGCGAGCGAAGCAUAACGGAGAAUCGAAGUAUGGCACACGACUUCAAUUGGUUUACGGGUGAUGGACCUAGCAAGACAAAGCGCCGGGAGGCCUCGAAUAAUAUCUACCCUGAUGCGAUAUUCCCGCUCUAUGAUAAUCUUAAUCUACGCCCGAUUCCAGCCAAUCGAAUUGAGUUCUUUAAAGUGCAUUGCGCGGAGCUGCAUAGAUUGACUGAGUCACGAGUGUCUCUUCCAAAGGGAGGUAUAACGUGCCAGCUUUGCAACGUGACUUUGGAAUCUGAACACGCUCUUCGCAUCCACUUCUUUUCUAAAUUGCAUCGGGAUCGUGAGACCAUCAUCAACUUCCGGCGUUAGCAAUAAUUCUGAACCAAGAAAUGAUUUUUUUUAAUACUGAAAUUUACGAUUAACACUAACGAAUUUGCGAAAAGCGACGUCAAAGGUUGCAUAUAACUACGUUUCAUGAAUCUGCAAUCAUUGUUAUGUUUUAUGAAUUCAUUCUACAAAAAAUAAUCCUAAGAAUGACCAUUCAGUAGGGUUCAUCAGUUUCUUUUUCUCUUUACUUUUGUUAUAAUGAAAUAUUACGUUAUUAUCGACAAAGGUCGA